AUGACAUAUUUGAGCGAAUUUGGAAGUGAUUUUCCCAUAUCUAAUGGCAUAAAGUCUGUCUUUGAUAAGUGUAGAUCACUCAAAACAGUUACAAGAUUUAUCAGAACUCUUUUAUCUGUUUGCUACGCGUAUGAAGAUAAUUCUUUGCUAAUUAUCCCUCUUAAAUAUCUUCAAACAUCAAAAGCAUGCCGAGAAAUCAUCGAUUAUAUAUCAAAUCCACAACAGAAACCAUUUUCUGGAAUAAUUUUUACAAAGUUUCAAUGUAAAAUCACUGAAAUUAGCUCAUUACCAUCAGAUACACCUAAAUUCAUAGUUGUUCUUGAAUCUGGCGAGUAUAUUACCUACUUAAUUAAUAAUGAUGCCGAACCAACAAUAGUUUCAAAGAGAUUUAGCAUUGCUGGCCUUGUUGAUACAUGCAAAGUCUUUUUCCCAUAUUUAGCAUGUUAUGUUAAGGAAAAUGACAAGUACAAUGUAUAUGCAGCUUCAUUAAUUGCUCCUAAUUUUACAUUAGGAAAACAAUGCAUUACUAAUAAGAUUUAUCCAUUUUACGUUACUUCUCCUUCCGUUUACAUCAUUAAAGACGAUGGAUUAUACGGUUGUUCUCUCGAUGAAACUGGUCAAAGGAUCUUUCCUCGAGAACUGUCACUUGUCGUUGAAGCCAAAGGUCUUGUACAUAUCAGAACCAACAGUGGCUUCUAUUUAUACCAGCCAGAUACUUCAGAAAUUUUAAGAGUUGAAGGAAGAAAAAUUACAAGCACAAAAUUAGAUGAAAAAGCCCGUGAAGCCUCCAUUUUAUUUGCUAUUGGUCCGGUUCUUAUCGGUUUGUGCAAGAAAUCGAUUAUUGAAUUUGAUUUCAUUAAUGGAAACGUAAAAGCUGAAAAAGAAACCAAAGAAACUGACUCUUGGAUACUCAGCCUCGAAGAGAGCUAUGGAGCUGUAAUGCUUGGCUCUGGAGCUUAUUCUUUAUCCAGAACAAGCGUUCCUCCAACAAUAAAUCUCUUCGCAAGUCCGAAAGAGAUCAAGGAACAACUUAAGAGAGCAAAGGAAGCAACAGGUACAGUUGCAACUUCAAUUAUUUUGAUGGCAAACAGAUCUCCUUAUUUAGCAGCUGUUUUAAUGAAAGAUGAGCUCAAGGCAGAAAUAGCUACUGCUCCUCCACCAGGAUCAUUGCAGGAUUUCUUGCGUCCAACACUUAUUAAAAUUAAUAAUCUUUUGCAAUCAAAACCAGAAUAA